UAUAAAUCACAAAUGGUACCUGGAUGGAAAAUAGUUCAAGAUUCAGCUCCAACCAUGGCCAAGUCGCUUCUACUGGUACUUUUUCUAGCUGGUUGCAUUUCGAAUAUGUGCAAUUCAUUGUUAAUACCACAUACUUUUGAUCCAGAAAAUGACAGAAAUCUUAAACUAGUCCAAGAAUACGAUGCAGAUAGUGUAACAGAAUUGUAUGAUGAAGGAAAAAAACGUGCAAAAAGGGCUGACAUUGCAAACGUAACACCUUCAGAACUACCAGUAUCUGAAGGAUCAGUACCAACAGCUUCGUCAGUAAAUACAGAAUCAUCAGGAUCAGAAGCAAAAAGGGCUGAUAUUGCAGACGUAACACCUUCAGGACUACCAGUAUCUGGAGGAUCAGUACCAACAGUUUCGUCAGUAAAUACAGAAUCAUCAGGAUCAGAAGGAUCUACAGUAACACUUUCAGGACUACCAGUAUCUGGAGGAUCAGUACCAACAGUUCCAUCAGUAAAUACAGAAUCAUCAGGAUCAGAAGGAUCUACAGAAUCUGCAUUAGCACCAGGAGAGUUACUGCCCUCAAAUUCCACAAUGGUUCAAGUUGAUGAGCCAUUAUUUGAAAGUGAAUUCAUUUCUGCCAUUUUUGAAAUUUUCGUGGAUUUACUUUCUGAUAUUGAGACAAGAGAGAAACGCGAUUUAUUUUUCAAGAAUCCAUUGGAUGCUAUUUUCAACUUAUUUGGAAAGCUAGAUGGAGAAAGUAGACCGAAAAAUGAUGCUGAUGAAUUCGUGCUUGAAAAUGAACAAGAAAGUGAUGAAGAUGAAGUUGCCUUUGAUAGAGCAGCAGCACUCGAAGAACCAGCAACACCACGGAAGCCAUUAGAAUCCAAUUCUCGAACAUCAAUUCAAGUAUUUGAUAGUAAUAUAAUAAAAAUAAUCGACAAUGUAUCCAACAUUAUGGAUAAAUUGAGUAACUUUAAUAAUUUACUCUAUGGAAAUAAUCAAUCUACUCGAAGAAAUCCAAAACUAACCGACUCUAGUGAGACUACAAGAGGAAAACGAGGCAUACUUUUCAAUGCUCUUGAUUCUGUCCUUGGGAAUGUUGGAAAAAAAAUUGUUGAAGAAGGAAAUCCUUUAUUAACGCAAUUGAAAACUAUAUUACCAUUACCAGACAUACUGCCGAAGAUUCCUGACAUAGCAAAAUUGGUUGAAGAAGGAAAUCCUUUAUCAACGCAAUUGAAAACUAUAGUACCAUUACCAGACAUACUGCCGAAGAUUCCUGGCAUAGCUACAGCAGCUAGAGUUAAUGAUGAUGAUCUUUCAGAAGAAAAGGAAUCAUCCAAAAUGAGAGGAGGAAUAAUUUCUAGCAUCCGUCACACUAUUUCUGAUUUUGUCCAAAAUUUAAUAACUGUUAUUUAUGCGGUAUAUGGCACAGUUAAAACUGCUUUGCAAGCAAUACUCUUACCAUCAUCGAGAAGGAAAAGAACCGUUAACGCGUUUGGAGAAUUAUUCACAGGGCUCAGAAGACCAUUUAACGGCUCACCAAAUGUUACCGGAAUUGAAGAAUAUUUCAGGAGAUUAGAAGACAGAAUAAGUGAUAGCUUUAAAGCAUUUGAAGAUUCUUUCCCCUAAUACCUGGAUGAUAGAUUCAGAGUGAAACAGCAAAGAUAAAUGUAUUCAAGAAAUUUUUAUUUAUUUCAAAUAAACUAAGAUAUCAAUU